AUGGCUCGACUCAUUCUUGGUGUCAGGACACCACCUGCUGCCAAUCUAUGGCGUGCAGGCACCCUCCUCCUUUCCCUGCUUGCAAUUUUUCUUCUGUAUGUCCUACCAGCCAAUGGCUUGCACAUGCAGCGAUGGUCCCAGGGCAGUUCGGUCGUCAAGCGGACACCUGACAAACUCGUUGCCCGAGCGGAUAUCUGGUAUGUCUACGUUGAGAAAGGACGCAGACUGCAUUGCGCGAUGGACGGGGACCAGGAAGCAGCAAAUCAAUAUGCAAAUACCCCAGUCAGUCACUUGACAGACUAUGGGGACUUGGUGAAGUAUGGGUGGGUUGUAAGUCCCAGUAGAGACCCUUACGAGACACUGUUUCAAACAGCUCUGGAGGGCGCCUUGGAGGAACUCAACAUCGAUGAAUCGAACAACCGUCUGGCUAGAAUUGAUCAUUCGAGGGAUGUGACCGUUGAUGGUACACAUUACGAAAAAUCCGGUGCCUAUUAUGAGAGUCUGUUUAAUGCGGACGCUGGGCUAAUCGUUGCGGACGACAAUCGGAAUCCCCCUGGCUCAGCAACUGGAUUGGACAGCCGACCAGGUCGUGCCGCUGAGCUCGUGGUCGGACGUGAUCUUUCUCCUCUGGCAGAGGGUCGCCAAAAAUAA